UUGAACAACGAAAUUCAUAAUAAGGAAGCAUCUAUUUUCUGAUUUAUUUCUGCAGAUAUGACAAGUAAGAAAACAUUUAGCCUCAGGCUUUGUACUUGAAGAUUUCUCGACUGAUUCCUUCAUUUCUCCUUCUUCUUUUCACCACUGUUUCGCUUGGCUUAACUUUUAUAUAGUCCUUGUCUCAUUUUUGACUUCAUUUUAUCUCUUUUAAUCUUAUAACUCAUUGUCGAGUACCUCUUUCUUGUAGCCCUAUCGCGCUACAAAAUACGUGAGGCAAAUAAAAUCAUUUAAAAAAACAAAUUAUGCGCCUUCUUUCUUUCACACCUUUCACGCGCUUUAUUUUCCAUUUGCUGCAACAUGCGUCCACCACUCCCUCAUGGUAUCAACCCUAACUUUAAGAUCAAUGAAGCAGAGGCCAAAAAGCACAAGCUAUAUAAAUCAAUUAUUGGUAUACCUGUGUCAAAAUGGAAUUCAGCUUCUGAACUGGCUAAAAGCGCGUUAAAUAACAAUCCUAAAAGUGAUGAAAAGACCUAUGAUAAAUUCAAAGCUACUUUUAAGAUUAUUAGCAAGCGCUUUAUUCAGCAACCUGCCUUGGUUCGUUUCACUAAACUUCUGGUUGAAUAUAUGGAUUUGGAGACCACCAGAAAUAAAUUUAAUGAUGCCAUUGAAGAAGCUGUUUUAGACAACAUACUCAUAAUUGAAGAAGAAAAGUCUAGAAAAAGAAUCAAAAUCAUACAAACUCAAACUCUCAACCAAGAGCUUUCUGCUGAAAUCAGUUGCUCUUCGACGGUAGCUGAGAAAGAUGAAAAUGAUACUAUUGCUAAUGAUUUGACCAAUAUCACGGGGCAAGCAGCGGAUGAGACAGGUUACAUACAAAAGAUAAUCUACGAAGACGCAGAGAAACUUCAUGAUAGAUAUAAAGAAAGUGAUGACUUGACUCCUGUUGAAAGGAAACGUAUGUGUGCCGGCCUUUCUGGGAUGCUUGAUAUCAGUGAUAGCUCAUACCAUAGCCAGAGACUUCUGUUUGGCACCAGUAAAUGGAAGAAUAUAAAUGAGUAUUACUCCCGAUUUAGACAGUCAUUUUUCCACACAAAACUUGAUUCCAACCUUAAUUCAUUAUAUGAAAUAUGGGACACUAUUCACAAGGCGCUUACAACGGAUCAUAAUUUCUUUCAAGCCCGAAGAACCUUCAAUCGCCUCUCUAGUGAAAACGAUAUUAAUGAAUACGUUUUUAAACAACUACAAAUAAUUGACUAUUUUCUCGACACCUUUGACAAUAAGCAAUUUGUUCUGAAUCCCAAAGAUCCGAUGAAAUUGACGGAACGAGAUUAUGAAUCACAGAUUUGGGUUCCUCUCUUCACCAAAUUAUUCAGCAUAAAGAAAAACCUUCUCGUCCGAAUCAAGACAGGUGAAUCAGUACCUGAAGAAUCAACAAAAAGAAAAGCUGAACAGUAUGAAAACGAUAAGAAUGUUAUUGGAUUUAAAGUCGACUUAAGGCUGAUUCACGACCAUAAGAAGUUGGAAAUAGACUUGGCAAGUACUGAAGUAGCCCUUUCGUGUGCUGAUGAAGUCAAAUUGUGUCACAAUGAAUCCAAGUUACUAAGAGAAUCCAUGAUUAAUACAGAAAUAAUACAUCACCUUAUUGAAAGCGAAGAUUAUAUAUAUACCUGGACUAUUAGAAUUAUUGGUUUGACUGCUGUCUUCUCAAAAGUUCUUUAUGAUGAUGAAUACAAGAUAUAUGUCAACGUUUAUCAAUUCACAUUUCAUUUUCCUACCUGUAUCAGUGAACUUGAAGAUUUAAAAGAUAAUCUGGAAUUGUUGUUCAAAUUUAAAGAAGAUACCGAGCGAAUUGCAAGCAAAGUUCAAAAAGCAUUGAAACAUGCCGAGCGGCAAUACCAUUGUUCUGAAGACUUUCCCCCCGAAAGGAAGCUUGCUCCUGAACCAUCCAUAUACUUUACUCCACCUAGAAACGAAGCACGCCGUUCAGUUCUGCCAUUCAAAGGUAAAACUCUUUGAUUAACCAAAGUUAACUAUUAUACAACCAAACAGUACGACACUUUUUUAUUUUAUUUUAUUUUAUUUAAAGAACAAUGUAUUAACGUUUCUAUUGAUAUUAAAAUGAUUUAUUAUUGAAGAUAC